AUGGCUGCAAGAUGGAACCACGAACAGCUCUCUGCCAUUCUCAGCUCUACUCGACCAGGUCUGAACCGAGCUUCUGUUGAUCCUUUAUUUCCAAGUCUAUCCCGCGCCGAUGAGGAGGCUAUCUGCGACGUAGAUCCAUCAUCCACAGAAGGACGCAUACUAUGUACUUUCCAAGAUCUUCUCACUCACCGAAUCAAUCCCAGAGCAGCAGCUGAUAUCCUUGGUUCACUGACUUCAGCUCAUUGCUCCUCGUCAACACCCCAUGAUGCGAGCAUACUCUGGGGCGCCAUAUGCCAUCGUGGCGAGACAUGGCCGGAAGCAGAACUGAGGAUAUUGGCCGACUUGGUGGUGGAGCUUGCGAGAUUGUCACACCCUUUACCAGAGUAUCCGUACGAUACAGACGAGCCGGUUCAGGGCACCAGUAGCUUUGUGGACUUACCUGGCUUCGGUCAAGAGCUCGUGGGUUAUUUGCAGGGUAUGGACAUGAACAACCACCGUGCUGAAAAUGCUCAGAAGCUGACAGUCCUCGGUCCAGGUCCAAAGUGCUAUAGUUUGCAGUUCAUGAACCCCGAAGCUCGCAAAGACGCGACCUUGAGGACGGCUGAAUCAAUGACGGAACGCAUUGUCAGUGGUGAUGUCGUCCUAGCUGUCAGAGAUCUUUACAAGAACAUCAACACGUUCGCCGCGCUUCUUAGCUGUUACCACAUUCGAGGUGCGCUGCCACAAGAUAAUGUGGACUUUCGUGGCAUGGCAUGCUAUCCAAUCGUUGGUGCCCUAGAACACGAACUCAGCCUCAAUGAAGUGACGCAGCACUCCGAUGGCUCUGCUACCAUACCUGAUCAAAACUGGGCGGCUUUCAGGUCAUCGCAGCCUAGCAUAGACCUUCCAGCGGCUACACAAUGGCUUUCAAUCCUAGGUCACGAUCUUUACGACCGUCUGAUGGACUUUGUAGCGCCAGUCGGUCCUUUGUGGAAGGCCCAGGGUGGCGAAGAGAAGAUUACGGUGGAAAGAUGGCGGUUCUGGCAGAAUAGACUACGGUACUUUGCCUCAAAUGAUACCAUUCUGGGCGAUGGGAUCAAAACGGCAUGCAGACAAGCAGCAGAUCACAUGGACAAGACCGCCUGA